GUCGAAGAAGCUGUACACAAGGCUGUACGUCAUACGCUCUCAAAGGCCGUGAAAGACGGCUUCACAUAACAAGGGGAGACUUUGGUGAAAACAGAACAAUACACUGGCGAGAAUCUAGCAAGAUAAUCUACAAUUAAUCGUCGCAAUGGCCCGAUCAUCUGGACAACAUAAAUGCGGUCUUAUAUUUUGUGGUAUUACGAUGCUGAUCUUAGGUUCUGGGAUUACGAUUACGGGAUUUUUAAACGAUUUCUUGGAUCCCUACGAUGAGCUAUCGAAACCCACUAGAAUCUAUUUUACCCACACGCAAUAUUGGCUCGGAAUUCCACUAUUUCUGCUGGGAGUCUUCGUAACUACUACAUCAUGUUCUAAAAUUAGUUGCCUGAAAGUCUUCGGUUUAAUGGCAGCAUCGAUGGCGUUGAUAUUAGCAAUGUUUGCCGUGGUUUUGGAAGGUCCUCAGUGGCGAAGGACUCUUAAGGACACAGCUGUAAUAAAUGAUUUGAAGUGCAGCACGGAGGAUAAAAGAUGUGUUUGUCGUCAAGAUGACAAGGAUUCCUCGAUCGUUCUUGGUUUGGCGAUUCCCUCGAUUUCGUGCGAUGAGAUAAAGUUCCGUGCUGUUAUCUAUUCUGUUAUGGUGGGUUUCUCUGUGCUCGCUAUUCCGUUUUGUCUUUUUUGCGCCUUCAUUUACUUCAGAAUCUUGGGAUGGAUGUUACAUAUCAGUUACGAUAACCCGAUUGAUGACUAUUACGCGAAAGCGGUGAACAGCCAUUUUAUCAACGGUCAUCACGGGCGAGGAGUGGGACGAGCAAAUGAGGUGGCCCUUGGAACAUAUCCUCAUUAACAGCCAGAUGGAAUCGCCCACUAAAACUUCAUAAUAAAAACAAGUACUAAAUCUCAACAAAUCCUCAGCACAUUGGUUGCUUGCGGAUAUUUUAUACCAUUAAUGUUAGAAGUAAUGGUAGCCGGGUUCUGUUCAAAAGCGCGGAUAUUUAUAGGAUUCAUUAUAAAAUAACACGUAGCUGAAUUAGUAUAUAGCUAUAUUGAAGCAGGGAUGUGUGUUACAAGAUACUGUGGAUAACAUUCAUAUUCAUUAUUGUUUUCAUUGGCCGUAAUUAAUGUAAUUUUAAAUGGACUGCUCUUAGAGUACGACUGUAUUCAAAAGAAUACGACUGAUUUCAAGGUUUCAUACACGAUGUUUUUUAUAUUAUGAUAAACACGUAACGUACGAUAUAUUUAUCUCAGCCAAUGGCGAUGAGACAAUGUCAAGAUGCUACGUGACCUACUUCCAAAUGUUGUUUAUACUCGUGCAAAUAAUAAGAAUAAUCAUAGUUAAGUCAUCUUUCAGUUUUCCUUUCAAAACAGCCGUACUGACACGUAUCCGAUGUAAACAAAAUAUUUGAUUUCAUAGUUUAGUGAAUGUUAAGUAACUGGGCUUAACUUUCUCUCAAUAUGUGAAACAUCACAAAAUACGCGAGUCUCCAUCUGACGUAGGUGUUUGAAGCGCUUUUCCGCGGCAGAUGGUAUUUUUUAAAAUUUAAUCAAAACUUUAGUGCCAGAAAGUAAUAUAUGGAAAUCUCUAUUACAUCAGCGUUUGGUUAUUAAUAUCAGUGCAUUUUGAAGACAUGAAUCUGGCUGUAUUUUAUCUGUGUCUAAUAUUUAAAUUGUCCCGAAAUAUGCAUGCAUUACUAAUGCUUUCCUAGUAGUUUUUACCAGCUUUAAGCGAAGUAUUAACUGUUAAAUAGCUCCUUUUAAGUAACCAAAACUGUACUUGCUACAAGUCUGCCUUAAAGCAAGUCUGUAACUGUAAGCAAGACUUGUUUGAUCCUGUCACCUGUGAACUCAAGCAAACUAAACUGUAUCGGUUAUCGAAUUUCAUUCUUUUUAUAUAUAAUAAUGUCAGUAAAACACCGUAGACACGAGUAUGUGCAGCACUGUAUCGGCUGACUUUGAA